GUUAACUUUGACCCAAAGACAACCUCUUCUCUCCCGCUUCCAUUGCUGUGAAGAUGGCGCUCUCCAGGGUGUGCUGGGCUCGGUCGGCUGUGUGGGGCUCGGCAGUCACCCCUGGACAUUUUUUCACCCGGAGGCUGCAACUUGGUCGCUCUGGCCUGGCUUGGGGGGCCCCUCGGUCUUCAAAGCUUCACCUUUCUCCAAAGGCAGAUGUGAAGAACUUGAUGUCUUACGUGGUAACCAAGACAAAAGCAAUUAAUGGGAAAUACCAUCGUUUCUUGGGUCGUCAUUUCCCCCGCUUCUAUGUCCUGUACACAAUCUUCAUGAAAGGAUUGCAGAUGUUAUGGGCUGAUGCCAAAAAGGCUAGAAGAAUAAAGACAAAUAUGUGGAAGCACAAUAUAAAGUUUCAUCAACUUCCAUACCGGGAGAUGGAGCAUUUGAGACAGUUCCGCCAAGACGUCACCAAGUGUCUUUUCCUAGGUAUUAUUUCCAUUCCACCUUUUGCCAACUACCUGGUCUUCUUGCUAAUGUACCUGUUUCCCAGGCAACUACUGAUCAGGCAUUUCUGGACCCCAAAACAACAAACUGAUUUCUUAGAUAUCUAUCAUGCUUUCCGGAAGCAAUCCCACCCAGAAAUUAUUAGUUAUUUAGAAAAGGUCAUCCCUCUCAUUUCUGAUGCAGGACUGCGGUGGCAUCUGACAGAUCUGUGCACCAAGAUACAGCGUGGUACCCACCCAGCAAUACAUGAUAUCUUGGCUUUGAGAGAGUGUUUCUCUAACCAUCCUCUGGGCGUGAACCAACUCCAGGCUUUGCACGUGAAAGCCUUGAGCCGGGCCAUGCUUCUCACAUCUUACCUGCCUCCUCCCUUGUUGAGACAUCGUUUGAAGACUCGUACAACUGUGAUUCACCAACUGGACAAGGCUUUGGCAAAGCUGGGGAUUGGCCAGCUGACUGCUCAGGAAGUAAAAUCGGCUUGUUAUCUCCGUGGCCUGAAUUCUACACAUAUUGGUGAAGAUAGGUGUCGAACUUGGCUGGGAGAAUGGCUGCAGAUUUCCUGCAGCCUGAAAGAAACUGAGCUGUCUCUCUUGCUGCACAACGUGGUCCUGCUCUCCACCAACUACCUUGGGACAAGGCGCUGAGUGAACCAUGGAGCGGAUGGCGUUGUCCUGCAGUCGCACAGUACAGCAGUGCAGGAACAAACAACACUUGCCAGCGAAGUCUGUGUGCAUUGUUAAGUGUGUGGGAGGGAGAGAGAGGAGCAGGGGCCAUGGGCUUCACAGCAUGGCACACGUGGGAACUGCAGACAUUCCCUUCACAGCUAGAACUGAAACAAACCCUCUUGCCAGGGGUGGCCCAUGUGAGGUGUCAUCCCGUCCCCCUCAUAAUUACUAAUAGCUGGAACUGGCAGCAGCCUUUACUGGGCUUUUACUGUGAUGUGUUCAGUUCAUGUCCUAGGAAGUCCACUUUUGCCCCAAGUGGGAAUCCUUAUUUGGCUAAGGACUGAUCCACUUCCAUGUUACUUACAUCUGUGGGUUUUUGUUGUUGCUGGUAGAGAAUUUGUGGCUGGCGAGAACAGCAUUUCUUUGGCCAGAGCACUCGUGUCCAUGCAUGUACUUCAGUGUUUCCCUCCGUCCUUUCUGAUAUGACCAAAAAUCCAGUUGUUUUUUGUCCCCCUCACUGGCAUAGGCUAACCACUUGUUUUUCAAACCCUUUGAACACCUUGACCUUUUUUUGAUGGUUAACUUGCAGGAAUAUUCUAUUGGAAAAGAUAACAGGAAGUACAAGUGGUUCUUGACCCCUUCCUCAAUGUUUCUAGCCUUCACUCUCCAUUGUCUUUUCCGGGCUGUAUUACACCCCCUGUGGAUCUUCAGCGCUUUGCUGCCUCCACUGUGAUGCAGCAAUCCAACUGUAACUGACAGUGGCUGCCUUCUUUGGGCCAUGGAUCACACCUGUAAGGUACUAAUUACUGCCCAGCCUGGGGAGAUCAGGAGAGGUCUGCAUCGAGUUAGUAAGUUGGGUUUAGCUUUUGUGUGUGCAUCAGUGACUUAUAGUUCUGUAAUAACGUACUGUAAAUGCAUGAAGCACUGUUUUUAAACCCAAGUAAAGACUGCUUGAAACCUGCUGAUGGAAAUGA